AUGCCAAACCACAAAGACAUAAUCACUAAACAUGUAUCAUGGAUUGUUUUUAUUUUCCUUGCUAUACAAACUGCUCAAGUUCUUUCGGCUUUCACUGAUGUUCCACCCCCACCUAAACGCCCGGAACGUUUUCAUUCUCGUGAAGAACUUAAGCGUUAUUUACAAUUGGUACACGAAUAUUAUGCGAUUAUCGGUCGGCCACGUUUCGGUCGUUCUACUCAGCUAAAACCGAGAAUCGAGUCAAGUGAUUUCGAUCUCUUUAAAUUUUUCGAUACUAAUGGUGACAAAUCAAUCUCAUACAAAGAAUUUCAUGGCCGAAUCGGAGCAUAA